UAAUGUGCGGACCCAAAGACGUUUUCUAACUACUAAAAAGUCGAUUCUAGUGAUCAAUAUUUCCAUGCAUAUGUGCGCUACAAAGUGUUAUUCAAAUUAUGAAAUUUUUGCAUUCUAUUAUUGGAGCUACGUGACCUGAAGGUCAAAGAUAAAAGCAAAACUCUCCGGGAGUUUCCAGCCAAAGUGUCGAUUAUAAAAACACGAUGCACGUUCGAAGAAGCCAGAUCAGUCAGCUCUUCAGACCUUCCAAGAUGAAGGUGGCUAUAGUACUCCUAGCUGUUCUGGCAUGUGGCCUAGCACUUCCCAAGUACCAAGGACCCCAAGUGCACCACGAUGAUGUCAAACAACAACACGUCUUCGAUAUUCUCAAAUACAUCAACAACCCUAUGUACCACAAGGAGUUCUUGCAGAUUGCUCAAAACUUCAAUUUGGAAUCUAACGCUCACCACUACAAGCAAGAAGUCUUCGAGCACUUCCUAGAAUUACACAAUCACGAUGUUCUCUUGAAGAAAGGAGAAAUUUUCUCGAUUCUCAACGAAGACCACAUGCAGCAGGCUAAGGCUUUGUUCAAACUGUUCUUCUACGCUGACAGUUACGAGGUCUUCCACCACACCGCUGUUUGGGCCCGUCACCAUCUCAACGAAGGUCUGUUCCUCUACUCCUACAGUGUGGCAAUAGUCCACAGGCCUGACACUCAAGGUUUGGUACUACCCCCCGUCUAUGAAUUAUUCCCACACCACUUCUUCAACUCCGAGGUCAUCCACAAGGCCUACAGGCUGAAGAUGGCCCACCAAGAUCAUGGUAAACAGCAGGAACACUACACCAUCCACGCUAACUACUCAGGCUCCUACUUAAACCUGGACCCAGAACAAUCUCUGUCCUACUAUUUGGAAGACGUAGGUCUCAACGCUUUCUACUUCUACUACCACAUCUACUUCCCCUACUGGAUGAAUUCUGACGAAUUCCAUUUGAGCUACAACCGCGGUGAGCUCUUCUAUCACGUUCACAAGCAACUUUAUGCCAGAUACCACUUGGAACGUCUAUCACAUGGACUUGGAGAUAUUGAGUACUUCAACUGGGAUCUUCCUUUCAAGACUGGUUACUACCCUUCUUUGACCUACGCUAAUGGAUUACCUUUCCCUGAAAGGCCACACUUUGCCAACCUUAGGGAGUAUCUUCACUACUACGGUCAGAGACUCUGUGAUAGAAACGAACAGACUUUCGACUAUACCAACGUUCAAACUUAUGAACAGAGGAUUAGGGAGGCCAUCGACAGUGGUUUUGUUCACGACCACGAAGGAAACAAACACCAGCUCUACACCGCAGAAGGCAUCAACAUCCUAGGAAACAUAAUCGAAGGCAAUGCAGACUCUCCAAAUUAUCACUACUACGGUAGCUUCGUUAACACAGCUCGCCACCUGCUAGGUUACUCGAAACAUCCUUUGAACCAUCACAAAUUGGCUCCCUCAGUCUUGGAACACUACUCCACCUCUCUUAGAGACCCUGCAUUCUACCACAUCUAUAAGAAAGUGUUCCUGCUCAUCGACCAAUACAAACAGAACCUUCCCCAUUACCACCAGAAGCACUUGUACCAAAGUGGACUCAAAAUUGAAGACGUAGAGUUUGAUAAAUUGGUCACUUACUACGAUCACUUCUGGUCCGAUAUCACCAAUGGUUUGUUUGUUACUCCUGAGGAAUUCGAAGAAGAUUCCUUCAGAGUUAAGGUACAUCAGUAUCGUCUGAACCACAAGAACUUCAACUAUAAGGUACAUGUGAAGUCUGACAAGGCCCUCAAGGCUGCUGUCAGGGUAUUCAUUGGUCCCAAAUUCGACGAGCAUGGACGUCCAUUGAAGUUGAGUCAGAUCCACGACAAGGUUUUCCAAAUCGACUACUUCACUCAAGAUCUUAAAGUUGGGGACAAUAUGAUCACCAGAAACUCAGCUGAUUUUAACUGGUUCAUCAAAGACUUACCUAGCUUCUUCGAUGGCAAACACUCUGAUGUAUCUGAAAUUCAGCAUGGAUUACCUUUGAGGUUCAAGCUACCUAGGGGAAGCGAAGAAGGCACCUCUUUCCAAGUUUACGUGAUAGUUUACCCACACCUUGCCAACAAGAACGAUCCUCACCAAGAAGCAGAUGGUCUUCACCUCAAAAACUUCGUACCAGAUGAUAGUUUCGCACUUGGCUAUCCUUUCGACCGUCCAACUGAGUAUGAAGACGUUUACCAUGUACCAAACGCUUAUGUUAAACAUGUCAAGAUCUACCAUCAAGUAAACCAAGACAUUUUGCACGGAAUCUCCCACGAUAGUUCUUUGGAGCAUGACGACGACGACGAUGUCCAUGUAUACCAAUUUGGCGAUCACAACAACUACAAGAAGUUACACUACCAAGUAGAAAAUAACGAUGACCAACACACCGACAAAUUACUUGAAAAGAUACUUCACGAAGAUGAGUUGCACAACAAGAUGUACGCUAGGCCUACAUCGGUUAAAAGUAUGUUCCCAGUUCUGACCACGAAAUAUUCUUGGCCACAAGUUUAUGCUCCCCAAUACAAGAAUUACCAACAAGUCAAAACUGGUAAGUACGAAGUUGAUCAACUCCACGGUAAUGUUGACAACCAAAUCCAAUACAAGAAGCAGAAUGUCUACUAUGAAGACCAAGUUAACGACAAAUACCACAAGCAAGGUUUGAAUGACCAAGUAGACGGCAAGUACCAAAACCACUAUGGUGUUGAUGACAACUUAUACAGUGGAAAAUACCAAAAUCAUGGAUUUUAUGUUGCCGAUCAAGGUUUCAGCAAAUAUGGAAAAUCUGGUGUAUAUGGCGGCAAAUACAGCUAUGGCAAUGUAUAUGGUACCAAGGUCAUCCCUUACCAAAAUGAAUACCAAGUGAAAUAUGGUUACGGUGAUGACUACCAGACCAGCAGCGAAGAGCAUCAUGACCCUUUAUACCAUCAUUAUUGAUAACUUGAGCGUGCACCAGAUAUUUCAUUGUUUUUAUACUAUGAAAAAAUUAAUUAAAUGAGAUUUUUGCAUA